AUGGGCAAGCAAAUUCUUGCUGUUGAUACAACUGCGCCGUAUCUGCAGCGCGUACGACUCAGAUACGGCGCAGCUGCCCAGUGCGCUCUCGGCCUCAGGUGUCUGGAUUUUCAGGCCAACAAAUGUUUGGUGGAAGUCUGUGAUUAUAGCCUCGUGUCGACCGCGACGGUUCUGACCUUUCACCGUCACCAUCGUUGCUGCGCACCACUACGUCCCAUUUCCUGCUGUCCGCUCCUUCCGCCGCCCUGUGUGUCUCCGACUCCGCCUUCCCUGUCUGCAGCCUCGCCUCGCCAUCCUCCACCUCCGUCCACUGACCGCUUCCACCGGUGCAGCUGCGGCAGGGCUCUCGGGCUAGCAGCAGUCUGCCGGCAGUACUACCGUGCGGGCUUUACGGUCAAGCUGGUGUACUGCCUUGGGGUCGCGGUCGCUUCCACCACAACAGCGGGCGGUGCUCUCGGGCUAGCUGCAGUUGUGGGCCAGUACCACCGGGCGGGCUACCAAGUUAAGCUGGUGUACUGUGCAGGAAGCCGGAUUUCAUUUACUGGAGCUGCUACAUCGGAGAGUAGGCUGAAAAUGGUUCCGAUGACGGGAUUCAUCUCCAGCCCUUCGCCAGACUGGAUAAGAGGGCUUUGUUUACUGAAAGAGAAUUUCCGUAUCAUGGACCGACGCAAGAAUACAACAGGAAUUUCCCAGCGGCGAAUGUCCCGCGCCCAAAGGCGCAAGCUGAAUGCGGACUGGGUGGGCAUUUUCAUGGAGGCCCGUGUGAUUCUUUGGGGCGACUCCCAGCUGCGCCGGCUCUACUUUUGUAUGAACUUGCCGCAUCGAUUUGAUCGCGCUUCCCAUUUCAAUAUCUUUGCGCGGUAUGGCUCCAUCAACGGCCGCAUAAUUUUCCAGUACACGGAGAGCGGUGCGACAUAUGGUGAGCUACUGGUGGACCUGAUCGACCGAGCUCGUCGAGAGUAUCCAGCCGGACCACCGCCCAGUCACCAGCGAAAGAAGCUGUUUCUGCAGGCGGGGACCAAUAACAUGGCCCGAUUUAUUUGGAACGGCGAUACCGCGAACACGGACGAGCCAGCGCGUACCGUCACUGUCUCGCUGGAGGAACAUCGCAACCUCCUCCAGCAGUACUUCGCGCCAAUCUUUGUCAUCCCAUGUCCGCCCAUUAAGCAGUCCAAGCUCCCGUUUGAUCACCCUCCACGACACGAACCGAGCUGCAGAAGGGCGGUGAAUUUGCUGAAUGCAGCUCUCCGGACCUUCUGUGCUCGCAAUGCAGAGCGUAAUUGGCACUUUCUGGAGGUUGCCCGUGAUCUGACCAUGUGCGAUGAUGGGAUUCACAUCCACGAAGCCGAAGCCGAGUAUUUACACGGUGUUAUGGAUCAUGCCCUGACGGUGGUGUCCGAGGCUCGCCGCGCGCAUGUACAAGCGGAAGAAGAUCGUCUGCGAGAGGAACGGGAACGGGCUGCCAGGAAAGCGGAAAAGGCGGGGAGGCGGACCGCGAAGCGGAGGCUGAACAGACCAGCAGAGUGGAAGAAGAAGAAGGAGAAGCGGAAGCAGCUGCAGCGUGAGAAUCCGGAGUUGGCACUGGAGAAAGCCGAGCAAAACCUGAAGAAAGCGGAACAGCACGUCAGUCGGCAGCGUCAGGAGGUUGAGCGGAUAAAAAAGCGCAUUAAGAUCGGAUAA